UAUAUAUACAGAGAGAGAGCAAGAGAAGUGGUGUAUAGAAAUAUCAAAUAUGGGUGAGACUUUAAAUUAAAUGGUUAUGUAAAAGAGAUGAAUAUAUGUAAACAGGUUGGGUAGGUGAAGAGAGGCUAUAAGAGGGAGAGAAAGAGGUCGUAACCCUUUUGCCCUAUUCACAUUUCUAUUAUCUUCCCAUUUAGCCAUUCUGUUCCCUGUCUCUUCCUCCUCUCUUUUUGACACAUCACAUCAUCAUCACAUCAUCAUUCAACAUCAAUCAUCAUCAUCAUAUGCAUACACAUACAUCUGUGUUCUUCGGAUCGAGUUAAUUAGUUAUGGCUUCUUCGAAUAGACACUGGCCAAGCAUGUUCAAGUCCAAACCUCAUCCCCAUCAAUGGCAACAUGACAUCAACUCUCCUCUCUUGCCUUCUGCUUCUCACCGAUCUUCUCCCUUCUCUUCAGGAUGUGAAGUGGAGAGGAGUCCAGAGCCAAAACCAAGAUGGAAUCCAAAACCAGAGCAGAUUCGGAUACUUGAAGCAAUCUUUAACUCAGGGAUGGUGAAUCCUCCGAGAGAGGAGAUCAGGAGGAUUAGGGCUCAGCUUCAAGAAUACGGCCAAGUCGGUGACGCUAACGUCUUCUACUGGUUCCAAAACCGUAAGUCCCGUAGCAAACACAAACUCCGCCUCCUCCACAACCACUCCAAACACUCUCUCCCUCAACCGCAACCACAGCCGCAACCUUCGGCUUCCUCUUCGUCUUCCUCCUCCUCUUCCUCUUCCAAAUCCACCAAACCCCGAAAAAACAAGAACAAGAACAACACUAAUCUCUCUUUGGGUGGUAGUCAAAUGAUGGGGAUGUUUCCACCGGAACCGGCGUUUCUCUUUCCGGUUUCCACAGUUGGAGGGUUUGAAGGUAUCACCGUCUCAUCCCAAUUAGGGUUUCUCUCCGGUGAUAUGAUCGAGCAACAAAAACCGGCUCCAACGUGUACCGGACUCCUGCUGAGUGAGAUCAUGAACGGUAGUGUGAGUUAUGGAACUCAUCAUCAACAACACUUGAGUGAGAAAGAAGUUGAAGAAAUGAGGAUGAAGAUGUUGCAACAGCCACAGCCUCAGAUUUGUUACGCUACCACAAAUCAUCAAAUAGCUUCUUACAACAACGACAAUAACACCAUGCUUCAUAUUCCUCCCUCUACUUCUACUACUACCACUAUUACUACUUCGCAUUCUCUCGCUACUGUCCCAUCAACUUCGGACCAGCUUCAAGUUCAAGCGGGUGCGAGAAUAAGGGUUUUUAUCAAUGAAAUGGAGCUUGAAGUGAGCUCGGGACCGUUCAAUGUGAGGGAUGCAUUUGGGGAAGAGGUCGUUCUCAUUAAUUCCGCGGGUCAGCCCAUUGUAACCGAUGAAUAUGGCGUCGCUCUUCACCCACUUCAACACGGAGCCUCAUACUAUCUGGUUUUGACUCCUCUCUAUUUUCCUUUAUGAUACUGAUUAAGGUUUACAUUCACUUCACUAUAGCUAGAUACUACUCUAUCGGUUAAAUAAACUACUAGUAAAAUGAAUACUUAUUUAAUGGCUAUAUAAUUAUAAUUAUACUAGUUUAUAGAUAUGUAUUAGUAGUAGUUUAUUUCUUCAUUGGGAUCUAAAAUGGAUAAAUGCAUGCGAGAGACAUGUUGUUUGGCUUAGGUCAACAAUGUUGACUCAACCUAAUUUAAUUACACACACACAUCUUGCGGUUCUUUAGAGCAUUCAUUGGUUUUUUUUCCUUUUUUUGGCCUUCGUGUUUUUUGACUUUAGUAGUAUAAAUUCUAACACUACCAUAUUUCGGAGGAUGUGCCUGCAUGUGUGUGUAUAUAAAUAUAUAAUUAUUUAU